AUGGCCGAAGCUGACGAGAUCAAACCUCAACCUAUGGAAUUGAAAAGUAUCGAAAAAGGUAUGAUAGUUGAUUUAACUGGAGAAACGGAGGAUGAAGAGAUGGAUAUUGAAAUGACUGAGAAAAAAUUGAAUUCUCCUAUUACGCUCAAUAAAAUUCCUCGAAAAGAAUCUAUUUCAAAUCAUUUGAGUAGUAUCCCGAGUCAUUCGGAAUCGGGAGUUAGAACGAAUCAGAGUGAGACUGAGAUGAUAGGGAGAGAAGAGAAUACACCUUUGGGGAAAAGUAGGAAAUUACCUCUUACACCUACUUCUGGUUCGGAUGAAGGGAGGGUGAAAAGGAUCAAGACGGAAGGGACGGGGAUGGGGAUAGGGAUGGAAGUGAAAAGAGGGGAAUGGACAGAUACGGAAGAUAGAGCUUUGUGGCAAGCUCAGCUACAACAUGGCGAAUGGAAGAAUCCCAAUGAAGUUGUGGAACGAGUCACUUGGGCAGGUGAAGGGAGGUCUGUUCAAGAAUGUAAACAACGUUGGGCCGUUUUGAAGGCUGCUUCGGGAUUAUGA